AUGACUACACGCGUAGUCUUGGACUACCGGACGAAGAAGCGAAAGCGAGGGCCGCAUGCGAAGUGUGCUACAUGUAGAGCACGCAAGGUCAAGUGCGAUGGCAAUCAGCCGUGUGCCCACUGCGCGUUGGCCGACACCGAGUGUGUCUACGGCUCCGAGCCGCUCACCAAAGCUAAGAGUGACGCGAUCCUGGAGACGGUGCUCAGAUUAGAGGACCGAUUAUCCCAUAUCUCAGCCAGCCACCCGUCUCUGCGCUCGCCUCCAAGCCCCGACACCGUUCCGCCAGCAACACGAUCUCCACAGACAGUGACUACCGAUCGGCAGCCUUCUUCUAUCACUGGAGCCCGUCAGCUUGUUCAAGAUGUACGGCACACGCGAAACGAGAGCCUGGACAACGCUGUCCUUUCAGCGGAGCACACGUCAACAACUGAAAGUGUUCUCGCUUGGCCUUAUUUCGAUAUCUGCCACAGUCUGAGGAGCCAGUAUCAGCCUAUAUUUGCUCUUGAGCAACAGAGAUCCAAGUUCAGCCCGGCCGCUGCCCACCAAUUACCUUUUCUGGACCCUAGCGAGGCGCACACCAUUAUAAAGGCCUUCCAAGAUGUCGUCAACUUUUCUUAUCCGACAGUGCUCGCCAGCAUCCUAAACGAUGUGGAGCAUCGCACGUUGAAGGGACCAAACGACGACAGCGUCGAGGCAUGUCUAGCUCUCUUGAUCAUGGCGCUGGGUUGCGCCUGUCGAGUUGUACAGUUUCUCAACCCUGAUGUGAUCCCGUCAAACAGUCCAGACCAGCAGGUCAUCCGAAGUAGGCUGCUUGCACAGACGUACUUCGACUUAUACCUUCAACGACUCAGUGUGGUCCACUUGGAGGUGUCAACCACAUCUACGCAGUGUGUCUUCUUCACUGCGCUGUUCUUUGCAUACCUACAGAGGCCGCUCCAGGCAUGGGCUUACAUAAGCAUGACCGCUGCGAAGUGCCGGCUUCUGCUGUCAUACUCAUCCGCUGAUGCGGGUGUCGAUACUGAGUGUCUUCGAAGGAUAUUCUGGUCGUGCUUCAUCCUAGAAUCAGACUACAUCGCCGAACUGGCUGCGCUUCCCCAAACUGGGGUCAGCGACAUGGAGUCGUUGGUACCGUACCCAGCCCUCUAUCAGACAUCAGAGGAUCACAUCGAGCGGGAGCAUUCGAGCCUCUACUUUCUAGCAUGUGUCUCAAUGCGGCGCCUGCUCAAUCGCGUCCACGAUCUGCUCUACGCGCCUGAAACAGGCGUUGCUUUUGACGAUGCUCGCUUCCCUCAUGUUGUGACCGAGCUCGAUCAUCAGCUCGAAGAAUGGAGAGAAUGUUUGCCCCCGUUCUUUCACUUCACGGUUGAUGAGUCAAAGACUGAGACACAACAUGGAGGUUUCUUGCGGCAAAGAUACCUGACGUGUCGAGCGGUGAUAUAUCGCCCUUUCCUGAAUCAGGUCCUGUCACAGACUUCUCAUGGGGAGCUUGUUGGCUCAAACGUGCUUGACAAGAGUGAGAUUUGUCUGAGGAUGUGCCUGUUGCACAUACUCAAUCUUCGGGCUUAUAGUCAGACCGUGUUGGUCGACACAUGGAUCUGCUCUCUCUCCAUGGCUAGCACAAUGCUUUUGUUGCUUGCGGCGAGUAGGAUUCCUGACUUGAAAGCACGCCUUACCGAUGAUGUUCUGUCGGUCGGAAACCACCUCUGUGAGCUCAUUGAGCCUUGGAUGAGCGUGCAUGGUGAUCAGAAGUCGCCAAGCGUCAGACAGAGUCUCUGGAUGAUUAGCGAGAUCGAUGGACUACUACACCGAGUGUUAGAGAAGGGCGAGUGA